AUGGGCAUGGAGGCCUGGCUCUCUCAAUGGCCACUACUCCAGGUGCUGGCAAAGAUUCAGCAAAGCAUGGAUCUGCUGGGCGAUCCCAUAGCAGGUUCACCAGCCUCAACUGCAUUGCCGUCUUUGCAGAGGGCCAUGGGUUUUGACGAUGAGGCUUGGCGACUGGUGCUGACCGAGCUGCACUCCGCAGCUCACACGGCUGUGGUACCACAAGCUUUGCGUGAGAGGGUGCUAUGCACCUCAGGGCGCAGCUGUGCCGCGGAGUUCUUUGCGAGGCUUCAGUUGCUGCUGUAUGCCAAGAAGGAUCUGCCCCUUCGCGACCAGAUCUUCCUUGACAAGCAGGAUCAUCUCUUGUCACUGCAGAUGUUGCAGAGCCGUGCUGCUGAGGGUGAACUGAAGGAGUAUGAUUGGAUGAAGAUUGUCGUCGAGGAUCUUGACCGACAUGCUGAAGGUACGCAGAGGAGCCGUGAAGAUGAACUCCGAUCCAUGAUGCCAAUGGACCACCCCUUGCAGGUGGACCGCAUGCAGCUGGCCCACUUCAUCUUGGAGGUGAGGGAGGAGAUCCUGUCUGGGGGCCUCAUGGAGCGGUGCCUGGAGUGGGAUCAGCCCUUCCUGCUGGCGAGCGCCUUCGCGGGUGCGUGCCAGUGGAUGGAUGUCUACUCCUACUCCGAGCCGACGCCCUCGAACCCCAACAUGGGCUUGCCUGGGCGUCAUCGCUUUCCUGGUGGUACUCUGCACUACUGGGGUGAUAUGGAGUCGGAGGACAGAUUCGGUGUGGAUCCUGAGUCCCAUGACCUCAUUCUCUGCCCGUUCAUCUUCGAGCACGUCUCGCAGCCCUGGUUGGCUAUCCGGACGUUGGCCAAGACUCUGCGACCGGGUGGAUUCAUUGUGUGGGCUGCUCCGAUGUACCAGCGGUACCAUGGGUCCCCACACGACUACUACCGAUACACACCCAAAGGGGUGACAGCACUCGCCAAGCAUGCGGGCCUCGAGGUCCAGCGUCUAUUUUCACCAGGUGACCUUUCCUUGGUGAAUGGAGUCUUGAUGGGCAUGCUCCUGCCUUACUGGAGACCGGAGCAGAUUCUGCGCGAGGAGGAGCUCCAGGAGAAAGAAGAUGCCCCCAGGUAUCCUCUCAAUGUGUUUGCUCUGCUGAGAAAGCCCGCCUGGAUCGCGCCCACCGCUGCGAUAGCUCUCCACCGCCACGAGCUUCCCCAUUGGCCCAUCUUGUGGAACUACGGGAGCUUCCUCGCUCAGCAGCACCGAGGGAAGACGAAGGCCGCAGGGGAGGACCAGAAGGAUCCGGACGUACUCCAAGAAAAGGACUGCUUGUUCAGGAACUUGCUGCGGACCAGCCAAGCUUUUCGGCCACAACUGCAAGAAGUGGCAGCCAAGUGGCCGGACUUCUUGACAGGAAUUCUGCCAAGGAUGUCCACAGUGUUCCAGCUGACAGUGGUGAGGCACAGGGCAUCUGGCAGGAUACUUGUGCUCGCCAACACGCAUCUCUUCUACCACCCCAACGCCAGGCACAUACGCCUUUUGCAGAUCAUGUGCUUGCUGCAUGAAGUACAGGAGUUGCGCAAACAGCACAAAGAUGCCGAAGGCCAACUUCCCCACAUAAUCUUCGCUGGUGACCUAAACUGCCUGCCAGAGACUGGAGCAGUGCAGCUGCUGCUCACUGGUCAGGUUCCCAGCGACCACGAGGAUUGGGAAACCUCUUCCCAAUUCGCCUGGCGAGAUGAAGAGGCCUCAGCUGACGCGGGAGAGGCUGAAGAGAUUCCGAAAUCCUCGGUGCCCUCCAUGGAGGCCGAUGACACCGAUGUCGUCGAACCUCUGCCCAGGGAAGCUUGGCAGAAGGGCUCUGGGAUUGCUCUACAAAAUCCACUGGGAGCGCUGGUGGAUGUGUAUGCUAAUACCCCGCAGAAGUUCACCAACUAUGUUCACGACUUCAGCGGCAUUCUG